CGCCAGGUUGCCGAUCCAGGAUCCCACUGGUUUAACCUUAUCGACCAACCGCUCAGUCCUCUUACUUACGGCGAUUCACCGGACGGCCUGCUUUCCCCCAAUCGCUGUCGCGUCCCCUAUUCUGUUCCCCCAGACUAUAAAUACCAGGCUGGAUCAACGCCAAUUGCGCCCUUAAUUGUCCGAGCCUUCCUUUACACCCUUUGAUCCCUCUGCCAAUUGAUACUCCACUCAUGGCCGACGUAAAAAUGUCCGCCAACCUGAACCUGUGCGGUCCCUUGUCAGGCCCACCAGCCAUCAUUGGCCCCGACGAGACCUGGCCCGACUCCCUUCCUUUCUUCAUGGACACGACCAUUCCCCCGGAAUAUCUUUCCCUUCCCAUGCUGCAGGAAAACAACAACCCAUGGCUGUUCAAUGGCAAUGCCAGUGCCAAUGCAUUCUCGCCACCGGUGACCUGGCCCGCCUGCCCCGCUCCCCGAACCGACUCCACUGCUAGCUCCGAGGCCAGCUUCAUCGCCCCCUGUCAGACCAUCCACCGGCCCAGCGAUGACGAUCGAAAGUACUCCACGGCCCAGACUUUCACCUUUGCCCCCAGCCAAAUCCCUACGCCCAUGCACGAAAUUACCUCCCGCGGCAGCAUCAGCAGCACCCAAUCCCGCUUCAGUAUCUCCAGUUACAGCAGCGCCGACAGCCCCAGUCACAGCCGCCGAGGCAGCUCUCAGCGACCUGCUUCGCCAGGCUUCCAACACGACGACCGCGAGCGGCGCAAACGAGAGCGCUUCCUCGAGCGCAACCGCGUGGCCGCCAACAAAUGUCGCAAGAAGAAGAAGGAACAUGCCAAGCAGCUGGAGAGUCGAUGCGAGACGGUUUCCAGGCAAAAUACUCUACUGGAAAGUGAGGUGGAUCACUUGAAGGGAGAGAUUUUGAGUCUGAAGAACGAGCUGCUACGACACUCCCAGUGUGGAGAUGAUGGCAUCAAGCGCCACCUGGCACGAAUGGUGAAGCAGAUCUCCCACAGAUCCACUACGGCUGGGGAUCGGAGGACAGACGAUCUGUCGCGCACGGGGAGCCCGAACAAGGAGCAUGGACUGCCCUUUGAGUUUCAGGAUGUCCUGCACCUUGAGGGCUCUGGGGGGGGUGGCCCUGUGGAACAGGAGCGAAUAGACCCUGAUUGAUUAUUUGCCCGGGAGUGUUUCUUUGGACUGGAUCCGUUGAUGCUCUGUACACGGUGGGCUUUCAUGAUCGACCAUGUCUGUAAUGUGGAGUUGGGCUUUUUUCUUUUUCUCUUUUUUUUUAUUUCUUCUUUAUCGUCUUUCUACUUCUUCAAUUCCUAUUGGACUAUAUAUAUAUCUAUGACGCGACGGGAAGUUUCACCUUCCAGUGGCAUGGCAGGGAUGAUGCAGGUGGCUAGCAUAUGCGGGGUGUUCCUGGUGUCUUUGGGGUCUGGUUGACGGUGGCGAUAGAAGGUACAGAGGCAAAAAGCAAAUUUAAUUAAUACACAGUACUAUCUGAAC